CGCUGCUUCACAAAUCACCUUUAUCUGAAUGGAUUUUGCAUUGCAUCGAUCAAAUUUCACGCUAAGUAAAAUUUCGCAAGAUGGCGUUAAAUACUGCUCACAGUAAGAACGUUCGUAACGGGAUUGUUCUGUACAAUGGAGAACAGAUUUUGCAAGAACAGGAAAAAGUGGAACUAAGCUUUGAAAUCACCCCAAAACAUGACGCUUUCAAAGGGACAAAAGAAGGAACUGUCUUUCUCACCAAUCAGAGGGUGAUUUUUAUUAAUGUCAAAGACGACAAUGCCAUGAAGUCCUUCUCCAUGCCUUUCUACUACAUGAAGCAUGUGGACAUCAAACAGCCUUUGUUUGGAGCUAAUGCCAUAACAGGACUCAUCAAGUCCCAGGAAGGAGGUGGAUGGGAGACACACACUCAGGCAGAGUUCAAGAUUGUGUUCAAGUCAGGGGGCGCUAUAGAGUUGGGACAACGUCUGCUCAGAGUAGCAACCCAAGCUCCAAGGGGUCGUCCACCCAGACCUGACCAGCAACCCACACCCCAGCCUUGUGCCCAGUACACAGCCGGCUACCCAGCACCCAUUCCAGGAGCCCAGUACCCACCACCCAUGGUGGGUGGCUGUGCCUACCCUGCUCAGACUGUGUAUCCAGAGUACCCACCGGGAGCCCAACCAUCAGAGCCACCACCUCCUUACUCCAGCGUGUACACAGGUGCUGGCUCCUCAGCUCCGCCCCCUCCUGGUCCAGCCUACUACAAUCCAAAUGACCCACACAAUGUGUACAUGACGCAGACUGCGCCGACCACUAUUCCAACUGCUCCCCCUCCGGAAUACUCUGAGAAACCCAAGACUGAUUGAGUCUGGCAAAAGAUGUAAGCCUGGUGAGUUAGUCCAACACUCAGCUUUGCCUCCAUCUUUGACUUCAGUUCCACAAACUGAUUUUGAGUUGAGACUCCUUGGUGCAGCAUAGCUCCAUUUUCAGCUGCAGAGACAUCUCAUUGUCUUCAAGGCCAAAUAUCAAAACAUUUUCUUUGGAAUUUAUUUCAGUAAACAUCAUGAAGAUGAACAAAGAAAUUGACUGGGGCAGGAUUUAAACCUGUGACUUGCGGAAUACCAUACCAGUGCGCCACCAGCUGAGCUAUCCAUCCCUACGUUGGUGGGUCUUCGGUUUUGUCAACUAUCUUUGUUCGGGGGUGCUAGUCAGAAGCCAUGGAACCUGAAACACCAUAUAGCCAGGGAUCACACCCCAGUUGGUAGAGCACCAGUAUGGUAUUCCGGAGGUCGCAGGUUCAAAUCCUGCUUUUGUCAAUUUCUCUAUUCAUCUUUCUCAUUAUUUAUAAGCACCUAGUUUGCUUCACGCUAAGUAAACAUUUGAAACUGAUCGUGGAGGUUUAGAGUUAGCCAAACCUGGAGGCCAAACCCGGAUUUUGAAAAACUCUUGAUCCUCUCUGCCCAAGCGGAGUAGAUAUAGUUGAGAUCGGAAGUUUUCAUACACUUUGACGGAAACUGUACGAUCACAAUUUUAGCCCUGUUUCUAUUCUUGUCUUCUACUUUGUUUCCGUAGCUGAUCAGCCAAUACACCUGCUGUAUUUACAUGAACCUGUAAAGUAUGGUUGAAGUAAACAUUCUGAUUGAUUACAAGUAAACAAGGAAUGGUUACCAGGAAUAGAUGAAGUCUUAAAACGUGUUGUUCAGCAAUUUCAGUGGAAUUGUAUGAACUUUCAACCACAAUUGUUAAUCCGAUAGGUCACCAUUAUGGUGUCAUGCUGCCUUCUUGCGGAAGGAAUGAUUGAGUUUACAGUCUCCCGUCUUCAAUUGGCAAGAUCAUUGAUCCUAACCUCCCCUCUUCCAGGCGUUCUUGCUAGGAACAAGCCUGAAAUCUCAAAAAAAAGUCCCGUGUUGGAAGCCAGUGCUACAUUCACGCUCCAAUUAAUGAGCUGUUUGUUAGAUUCAACCUGCCUCAAUUCUGCAUCGUCAGUUUCAUCAGAGAAAUCUACAAGAAACUUUGAACUCAUAUCGUAUUAAAUCAGAGAUUCGAAUGCACAUACGUGUGGUCUGAUUAAUAAUAGGAAUCUCGAAAACUGUGCAGAAUCUGUGAGUGAGGUAUUAUUAGAUAAAAAGAUUGACUACUUUAUUUUGUUAUUAUAUGACAAAACUAGCCUCUCCAAUUAAAGUGAUCCCUUAAGCAUUUGUUUUCCAUGGCUUCACUUGGAAAAAAGCUAAAAUCCAUUAUCUUGAGAGGAUCGUUUUUCCAGUCAACGUUGAGAGACUUUUGGUGAUAUCUACAAUGCUGGCCAAAAUGGUUGGGACAGGUGUCAGCAGCCAUACCCUCCCCAGGUCCCCUACUUCCCACGGUCAUUGUUGUCGAGCUGGAGCGCGGACCACGCAAUGAGACCCAACAUUGAAAGAGGGCCCCAGGGAAGGGGGCCCAGUGAGAUUAGGCAAGGAUUGUAGCUUUUUCGUCUUGUCCUCAGAGAUUUUUACAUGAUGACAAUUUGAUUAAGCAAGACAGUUGCUCUUUACCCUGUGCAUUUACAGUUAUCCUUAUUACAUUUUCAUGAUAAUAUUAUAUUAAAGAGUAAAAUUUCAAACUUGGCUUUUCGGAAGGAAUUGGCCAUGUGGAGAGCAGGGUGUUUAUUAUGCCAGUAUAGAAUUAUAAGGAAUUGGUUUAUCUAACAUUGGGAAGCGAAGGAGUGUUCAAACAGGAUGGUAAAUCCUGUGAACACUUUGACAAGUGAUCUGAUGCAUUGUAUUAAGUGUUGUUUGGAAAGAAUUUUUUAUUUAGGCUUCAUUUAAACAAAUCUGUCAAGUUUAGUUGUACCUUUAUACAGUGAAAUCAGUCAUGUCUUGUGGUGAAUGUAAGAUGGGGUACCUCAUCCAGAAAUUUUGGUGCAUGCACAUUACAGUGAUUGAACUUUAUACUGUGUAUGCAUAAAGAUACAUGACUGUCAUAUAUCCAAAUUAAUCACGAUUUUCAACAUUUAAGUAGUUGUUAAUGUAUAUUAACUGAAUUUCACUCCAUUGACAUAAUUUAUGAUAAGUGAUACCUUAAAUUUGAUUGUUUUACUCAUUGUUCCCUUUUUUUUGGAAUAUGAAUUUGGUAUGAAACAAUUGUUCAUUAAUUUGAAGGUGGAACUAAUCUGUAUGAAUGGUUUUGGGCAAGUUCUGUUUACAUUCAAUUCAUAGUUUUAGUUGAUGUAGUUAUUUAUUCGAAUAUGAUUACCUUCAGUGCUCAAGGUUACUCACUAAUCUAAAGUGUGCUUGGGCCAACUUAGGAUGGUGUAAGGGUGUAAUGUGAUCAUGUGACGGCGUGUGAUCAAGUGCAUCCUGCCCAUAAUGCAACUUCUGCCACGAUCACUUGGGUUAAACGUGCCAGAAUUACAUGCGUUAAAAUAAAUCAGUACAUUUUGACAAAAAUAUUGUGUCUUACAUAACAACAGUGAAACGUGUGUAAUUUGCACUAUUCAUAAGUAUGUUGAUAAAAGUUUCUAGAUUCUAGCUCACAAGCCUUCAGCCUGGUUUUGGACUGGUGACUAGUGAGUUACAUUUUCUUGAAGUGGUAUGCAGUUGGUUGAAACCAUACUUUAUCUCCGUAUUUUAGAUCCUGAGAUUUGUGUAGUUCCUUAUUUGUCAAGAAGAAUGAAUAUAUGUACUCAAAAAUAUUGUAAAUGGUCCAUGUCAGAUUUCAUUUUAAAGUAACUUAGCUGUAUAUACUGACAAAGUGUCCACGAAAGAAAUGAAAUCCAAUUAAUAAAAAAGUAAAUAUAAUAUAUUGUAA